AAAAAAUGUUUAGCCAAUCAAUAAUCGACACCAAAGCAUCCCCUAUCGAUGUCUCCUUUUAUAUAGUUGCUCUACUUUUCUUAGACUAUAGGCAACUACCAAACUACAUCCAAAGACCAAAAGAAUUCCACUGACAGUGCCAUUGCCACUCUGGAAUAUUAUACUCUUUUAAGUUCAAGAAAAUUGAAGAUUCUUGAUUAUGGAUAUGGAAACUUUAUGUCCUACUUUUAUGCCAAAUUCAAAUGGGAUGACGCAACAGAGCAAGAGUACUACAGAGUGGACAAAAGAAGAGAACAAGAGAUUUGAAAGUGCCCUUGCAAUAUACGACGAGACCACUCCGAAUAGAUGGUUUAAAGUAGCAGAAAUGAUCCCAGGGAAAUCAGCUCUUGAUGUGAUGAUGCAGUACAAAGAAUUAGUUGCAGAUGUUAGUGACAUAGAAGCUGGAUUGGACCCAAUCCCGAGGCAUUUCGCGUCUUCUUUUACGUUAGAAUUUGUCGAUCAUCACGAUUUUCAUACGUUUAGUAAGGGAGGCAAGUCUAAUGAUCAAGAAAGAAAGAAAGGUGUACCAUGGACAGAGGAAGAGCACAGGCGAUUUCUGAUGGGCCUAGAGAAGUAUGGUAAAGGAGAUUGGAGAAACAUAUCAAGGAAUUUCGUGAUCUCUAAAACUCCAACACAAGUGGCUAGUCAUGCUCAAAAGUAUUAUUUAAGGCAGCUUUCAGGAGAGAAAGUCAGGAAGAGACCUAGCAUCCACGACAUCACCACCGUCCAUCUCACAGACAACAUACUUCUCAACAAUAACAACAACAAUAACAACAGUAAUAACUCGAUGUUUGACGAGAAGUCGUGUGUGUCCCCGUUCCAGAGAUCAACAAGCACAGCAGACGUACUAAUCGGCUGCUGGAACAACUCAUUUGGUGCAUUGUAUGACAACUCGACUCUAUAAGAAUCAAAACAAUAGACUUAUUGACUGUGGUUUGAUCAGAGCCUUGUAUUGUCCGUUGGAGGAUGUUGAACUAACACUGCUACUUGUUUUUCACAGCUCCAUCGUUGGUCAAGUUAGGUUAAGAAAUUGUCAAUCUUGGAUUUUAAUUUGUUUGUAAUCUUAGUGUAUUAAUGUAAAUCAAGGUUUAAUUA